AUGCUCAAUGCCCACAAUUUGGGGGGUCCAAUGGAAACUGGCAUGCAAUACGUCAUGAUAUUCAUAUUGGUGGUGGUGGUGGUGGUGGCAUCAUCAGCAUUAUUAUCAUCCUUAACAGCCAAGGACCACACUGGUACGGAAAGAGCAGGAGGCGGUGGAAUGGGUGACGACGACGAGCUGCUUUUGGAAGAGGAUAAGGCCGUCGUUGAUGCUGACGACUGGGCAUCGGUUCUUGAUCUCAAUAAUAAUUGUGAUGGUGGUGGCGAUGAUGAUGAUGAUGGUGGUGAUGAUCGUCCAAUCCGAAAAGUGGGCGACAAUGACAAUGCUUGA